UCCCACUCACUUCCACUUCCACUCUCUCUCUCUCUCUCUCUCUCUCUCUCUAGAAUUCUCCACGAUGCACAGGCGCCUCUCCUCCCCCCUCGCCCUCCUCCUCCUCCUCCUCGCCGCCGCCCCCCCGGCGUCGCGCGCGGCGACGGCGGCGCCCGGCGUCGCCAGCCUGGAGCUGUGGUGCGUGGCCAAGAACAACGCCGACGACGCCUCGCUGCGGGCGGCGAUCAGCUGGGCCUGCGGCCAGGGGGGCUCCGACUGCGGCCCGAUCCAGCAGGGCGGGCCCUGCUACGACCCCGCCGACAUCGAGACCACGGCGUCGUACGCGUUCAACGACUACUACUUGAAGCACGGCCUGACCGACGACAGCUGCGACUUCGCCAACGCGGCCGCCCUCACUUCGAUCAAUCCCAGCCACGGCAAUUGCAAGUUCCCCUCUAGCUUGUCGGUAAACAAUGGCAGUCUUUCCGGUGCAUCAACGGCGGUUGGAGUUCAGCCUGCCUAUAACGAUUUGAGCGGCUGCAAUCAGAUUGCUAUCCAUUGGUAUUCUUUCGUAAUCAUAAGCAUUUGUUCGACACUGUUACACUGGUUUCUUAGUGAACAUUGGUGAUGAGAAUAUCUGCGAGUACUUCUUCGAAGCAUAAUGAAAAGUGCAUCAGAGGAUUGGCGUAGGUAAAGCAUUUCCCUAAUCUGGUAUUCAAUCAAUAUCUUCAUUUAGGUUAGUGAGAUUUUGUUCCCCUAGUAUCGUUGUGUCACGGUGUAUUCGAUACCUGUAAAACAUUAGUGAGGAUGAAAUCAGAGGCCUCUAACUGAGGUUGUAAUUGCGGACACUGUUUUCUUCUUAUUACUACAUUAAUCUAGGUAAUAAUCACUCAGAACAUCGUUGAUUAAUGGCUA